AUGUAUUGCCAGCAGCGUCUUUUCGCAUUUCUUUAUGCGGUCCUAGGGGUAUUCACCAACACCACCCUAGAAAUCCCGCCCCUGAUUCCAUACGAAGCCAAUGGUGGACAAUAUCGGACGGAAUGUGCCAGUACCUUGUCCAGCAUCUCUCAGUACAUCACGGUGUCCGAGGUUCUUGACCAGGAUGGACCAGGGUGUGCCGUAUCUCUGACCAACCCAAUGGGUUGGGAUACGAGGCCUUCUCUUAAUGCGAAUGAGCCGGCAUUAAAGCUCACUUUCACGCUAACAUAUCCCGGGAAAAGAUCGAUGAAUCUGCAGUGCGACACCUUACUGGAAGGCCUCAUCUUUUCCCAAGACCCGGAAACCAACCUGGGAAAUUUGCGAUCAGACAUCCGUCUGCCACUCCCGUCAGCUUCUCAAGUCUACGCGAGACGAACCUUGUGGCAGGGUGAGCCCGAGAAGGACCCGCAAGCGGAUUCUCCAACGCAGGGAUACCAUGGGAUCCUGAAGUACAUCAUCUCAAAAAUGAACGGGAUGGGUCCUGCGAAGAGAAGCAACGGGGAGGCUCUCGUUCCUUUUUCUCAGAGGCCAGCCGUUCAACGGGACCUAUAUAGUUUGGGCCCUAUUUGCGAGGAUAUCGUUUGUGAAGGAUAUGAUUGGGAAGAGAUCUGCAUCUCAAGUGCCAUCCCCGCGGACAGACAAGAACAAUGCCUCAUGUGCUAUCCUCAAAAGCAUAUGGGCCUCGUGAGGCACUAUUGUCAAGAACGAAGAUAUACGGAGCUCGACGUGUUCUACAAGGCCUGUGCCCUCUUGGGUGCAUCGGUGCUGGGGGCUACACUCAUCUACCUGCUACGGGAGAUUGGCAGACGGCUCCGAAUGCGAUGUCGAUUUUUUCAAAACAUAUGUCCUCAAUUGUCAGACACCACUACGAAGACUGGCCUGUCAAGUAUCUACUCGCUUGGCAGUGUUGAGAUGCCCACAGCCACCAGUACCAUGAUCCAGCAGAGAUUCAAGCGGUUCGGGCCUUUCACCAAGGAGUCUCGCCGCAGGGUCCAGGAUGUCUUUGACCUGGAGUCUUUUGAGGCAUAUCGGGGUGAGCCAGAAGUAGACAAUCUGAAACGGAUCCCGGUACUUCCACGCGCUCCCAAUGCAAGUGUACGGAGACAUUCCAGUGCAUGGAAAUCUCGCACAAACUCCCACAUCAAUGGAGACGAGAAACCAGACAAUGUGGGAGAGAGAGCCUUGAUCUCCUUCGAGGGUACUUUGUCUCAGUCAAGCUAUUAUGCGUGA